AUGGGCGGAGUACCGACACGACCGGCCACAAGGAUCAUGAUCGUGGGAGACUCGAUUUCCCACGGCCGUGAAGGCGACUGGACUUGGCGGUAUCGAAUAUGGGAAUGGUUUCGACAAAACAACACUCCCGUUGUGUUUGUGGGGCCGCACAAGGGCACCAUCCCACCUCCUCCAGAGGACGAUCGAACUCGCGAUGGGGGAUACGCUCCAGAUGUGAACCGAGAUUUCCUCCAGGAUUGCUAUCAUUAUUCUUGGUGGGGAAAAGCAGCAUGCGUCGUCAAGGACGGAAUUGGCGAACAGGUCGCCACACACAAGCCGGACCUGUGUCUUGUAGAGUUGGGCUUUAACGACAUUGGGUGGGGCAUAAGCGAUCCAGGGGGAACCCUCAAGAGCAUGGAGGCCUUGAUAACAGAAGCGCGCACUCACAACCAGGCCCUCAAAUUUGCCAUAGCGAACGUACCGCAGCGUACUAUUGUUCCGGGGCUGGGUGAUCUACCCGUGAGAGUCGAGACGUAUAACGAACUGCUCGCUCAAGCAAUCCCAAGCUGGAAUCAACCGUCGUCACCCGUUGUUUUGGUUCAUCUUUGCGAGAACUACCUUUGCAGAGAAGGAUCCUACGAUGGGCUUCACCCUGGCGCUCUUGGCGAAUUUGAGAUUGCCCAAGCCUUCUCGCGCACGCUGCUCUCUCCCGAAUUUGCCUUGACAGACAGGUCAACAAAAGAGCUCGAGAUCCCUCAACCGGUGCCGCGUCGUGUGUUGUCUACGCCAGUCAACCUUGCAGCAGUGGCGUCAUCACCAAAUCACGAGGGUUGGGUCAGGCUCACAGUCACAUGGGACCUCGUCUACGGUGCCUACUCUUACGACAUUCGAAUAAAGACUGGACAUGACGACGCUUGGUGGGACUGGCAUCCGGUGCAGGACACACGAUAUCAGCUCUGGUGCUCACCAAUGUACCUCCCUACACCAGAGUGGAAGGCUCAAGUACGAGCCACCGCCGGCGAGCAUGUCACAUCAAACAACAGCCAACUGGUGAACGUUAUUGUCGGGCAGGAGGAUGAUCUCUAG